CGCUCCACAGGCCAGUGCAGGCUCCAGUGCCCCCACCCCCACCUUGGUGGGUGCCUGGGGGUGGAGCCAGGAGCCAGGUGUUGGGCUGGGGGCAGGGGUCAUGUGCCUGUGGGGGUGGUGGGCAGGUGGCAGACACCUUUGUGGAUUGACGUAGCUCAGGAGGGUGAGAAGGAGGCCUGGAGGUGAGAGUUUCGCCCUCCUACUCAUCUCUUCAGGUAACUAAAUCCACAGCCAGCAUCUCCCCCUACUCCUCCAUCCUGGGGGCACUGAGACCUCCAGGGAGCCCAGGGCUGGGGUGUGAGCUCCGCUUCCCUAGAUGGGGGCUUCCCUCCGAGAUCCCCCCUAAGCACUAGCCCCGUUCCACAGUCACCGCCAUCCCCCUUCUAUAGGGAAGGAACAGGGUAGAGUCCCUGGUCACCAGCUCCCAGGACCUCGACUGUUGCUGGGCCUGGGGGGUGUGGACACAGUGGAAAGGCUCCAGACAAAUCCAUGUGGGAGAAAAAGAGUGUGGACUUUGGAACCCUGGUUAUGCCAUUCACUGGCUGGGUCAUUCUGAGCUAAUUACCUACCAAUGUGCCUCAGUUUCCUGGUCUGCAGAAUGGGGUAAUAACUGGCCUUACAGAGAGUGUGGAGCCAGAGGCCACGUGAAGAGGCUGGUGGGCACUCCAUCCCAGGCCACUGCUAGGGGACGCAGGGACUGGGGACGCCCUGAGCUCCUCAGCUCUGAGAGCCUCUGGAUGGCUUCUGCCCUGGACGACAGCGAGUAAGGCCCGGAGCAUAUUAGACUUUUGACGUCUGCCAAGCGCAGUCAUCUCCUGUGACCCUCCAGCAACCUGAGGCAUCACGUCCCUGUCCCAGAGGAAACUGCUGAGACCCAGAGAAAAGUGGCCUCACCAGCACAUCCCACUUUUCUGUGUCUCCAUCUCAGGCUAGCUCUCGAGACCCCAUCAGGGUCAUUCCACAGCCCUGAGCUGCACCUUCCUCCCCACCCCUGGCCCCCAAGCUGUCGCACCCACUGCCGGUCAGGAUGGCCUUAACCCCUCCUCCCGGUGGUCAGGCAGUAGAUAGGGGAUCGAGGGUGACAAGCAGGGGAAGCAGGGGCUCCUGGCCAAGCCCACCUCCUGCCCCCUGCAGGGAAGCUCCUCCUUUCAAGGCUGCUUCUGGGAAUCCCCUGCCACCCCCACCCCCAGCCAGACCCAGUGACCCCAGGCCGGACUGAUACCUGCGGCUCACUCUUGGGGAGGUGGGGCGCCAAACCUGAGGGCAGGAGAAGCUGGCCUGAGAGAGGAGGAGGGGCCCUCCAGUCUGGACUGUGGGGGUCAGGAAUACCGAGGGAGACCACAGGGGCUGGCCUCUGUAUGGAGAAGGCUGCAGCAGCCCCAUCCUCCGUGCUUGAGUAGCCCAGCAAGAGGCUGGCAGCCCCCACCAGCGGCUGUUUUGCAGUCUCACUGGCCAGGAAGGUGGACACCUCACACCUCAGUCUCCCAAUUACGCCCUCUUCCCCCUCCUCCUCCUCCGCUCUUUUCUCUCUCCUCCUCCUCCUCCCCUCUCUCUCCUCCUCUCCCCCCUGAAAACCUGUGGCUGAAGAGACCUUGGCUUCUCUGGGACUCUAACCCUGGGGACUGCCCACAUCUGCUCCUGAGUUUGGGAGCAGGGGGGCAACCGCCCCAAGAAAUCUCUCCGGGAUGGGAGCCACCCGCCUGCUGCCCAACCUCACUCUGUGCUUGCAGCUUCUGAUCCUCUGCUGUCAAACUCAGGGGGAGAAUCACCCGUCUCCUAAUUUUAACCAGUACGUGAGGGACCAGGGUGCCAUGACUGACCAGCUGAGCAGGCGGCAGAUCCGUGAGUACCAGCUUUACAGCCGGACCAGCGGCAAGCACGUGCAGGUCACCGGGCGUCGCAUCUCUGCCACCGCUGAGGACGGAAACAAGUUUGCCAAGCUCAUAGUAGAGACAGACACAUUUGGAAGCCGGGUGCGCAUCAAGGGGGCUGAGAGCGAGAAGUACAUCUGCAUGAACAAGAAGGGCAAGCUCAUCGGGAAGCCCAGUGGGAAGAGCAAGGACUGCGUGUUCACGGAGAUCGUGCUGGAGAACAACUACACGGCCUUCCAGAAUGCGCGGCGUGAGGGCUGGUUCAUGGCCUUCACGCGGCAGGGGCGGCCCCGCCAGGCCUCCCGCAGCCGCCAGAACCAGCGAGAGGCCCACUUCAUCAAGCGGCUCUACCAGGGCCAGCUGCCCUUCCCCAACCAUGCCGAGAGGCAGAAGCAGUUCGAGUUUGUGGGCUCGGCCCCCACGCGCCGGACCAAGCGCACUCGGAGGCCACAGCCCCUGACGUAGUCGGGGACACCUGGGGGCAGCGCCCCUCACCAGCCUUCCUGUCCCCUCCCCUUCCUAAUCCAAAGACUGGGCUGGGGUGGAGGGCGGGAGCCAGAGAGCCCAAGGAGGACCCUGAACACCAGGGCCCCCAGCUGGAGGGGGGCAGGACUGCCGCAAACCAGACCGGCGCCUCGGGGCAGUCUCCGAGCCCACGCUGAGUGGCCCCGGGCGGCGACCCCGGGCUCGCGCCCUGAAACCAGUGCGGAGGUCGGGGGCCAGCCUCGCAGGCGCCGCCCGAGGCGGCUCUGCUCACACCCGUCCGGCCCCCUCUGCCCGCCCAGGCCUCCGCGCUCCUCCGGGCCAGACCCCGGGAGGGGACUCUGGGUUUUGUUUCAGGAAAACAGGAGGGAAAAAGAGGGCUGGCCAUUCUUCACAUUCCGCUCCCCAGGCCUGCACCCCCACCCCCAGCUCCCAGCCCCAGAA